GUCCCUCCCUCUAAAAGCACUCUGUGUGGGGAACAUGAGAGCCAGACCAAAGCUCAGAGGAGAAAACGAGGAACUAAACGCAAACAUGAACCUGGACCCAGCUGUGUGUCCUUAAGGAGUGACGAUUCAAAAGAUGCUUUUAUUGAGUUUAAAGAUGGGCGCUGUCCCCCUGCAGAGAGAGUGGACCAGCAGAGGUCAGAGGUUCCCAGUGGUCAGUCUGCCCAGCAGCAUCAAACACACCUGGACUCCAUAUUUAUGAAACUGGAGGCAAAAAUCAUCACUUUUGUGAGGAACGAGCUAAAGAAAAUCCAGACACAUCUGAGUCCAGAUGACCUACAAUGCUUAAAGAGUCAAUGUCAGGAUGAGGAUGUAUUACGAGGUAACGAUGAAGAACAGAGUAAGAGCAGCAGAGAUGCCUUUGUCAAGAUCACACUGGAUUUCAUGAAGAGAAUGAAGCAGGAGGAGCUGGCUGACCGUCUGCAGAGCAGAAUCACCACUAGGAACUUGCAGUGGUGUCAGCAUGAAAUUAAAUCUGCACUGAAGAAGAAGUUCCAGUGUGUGUUUGAGGGAGUUGCUAAAGCAGGAAAACCAACCCUUCUGAAUCAGAUCUACACAGAGCUCUACAUCACAGAGGGAGGGACUGCAGAGGUCAAUGAUGAACAUGAGGUCAGACAGAUUGAAACAGCUUUCAGGAAACCAGGCAGUCUAGAAGCAAUAAUCAGACAAGAAGACAUCUUUAAAGCCUCACCUGGAAGAGAUGAACCAAUCAGAACAGUGCUGACAAAGGGAGUGGCUGGCAUUGGGAAAACAGUCUUAACACAGAAAUACACCCUGGACUGGGCUGAAGACAAAGCCAACCACGACAUCCAGUUCAUAUUUCCAUUCACUUUCAGAGAGCUGAAUGUGCUGAAAGAGGAAAAGUUCAGCUUGGUGGAACUUGUUCAUCACUUCUUUACUGAAACCAAAGAAGCAGGAAUCUGCAGCUUUGAAGACUUCCAGGUUGUGUUCAUCUUUGAUGGUCUGGAUGAGUGUCGGCUUCCUCUGGACUUCCACAAAACUACAAUCCUAACUGACCCUAGAAAGUCCACCUCAGUGGAUGUGCUGCUGAUAAACCUCAUCAGGGGGAAACUGCUUCCCUCUGCUCACCUCUGGAUAACCACACGACCUGCAGCAGCCAAUCAGAUCCCUCCUGACUGUGUUGGCAUGGUGACAGAGGUCAGAGGGUUCACUGACCCACAGAAGGAGGAGUACUUCAGGAAGAGAUUCAGAGAUAAGAAGCAGAUCAGCAAGAUGAUUUCCCACAUCAAGAAAUCACGAAGCCUCCACAUCAUGUGCCACAUCCCAGUCUUCUGCUGGAUCACUGCUACAGUUCUGGAGGAUGUGCUGAAAACCAGAGAGGGAGGACAGCUGCCCAAGACCCUGACUGAGAUGUACAUCCACUUCCUGGUGGUUCAGGCCAAAGUGAAGAAGGUCAAGUAUGAUGGAGGAGCUGAGACCGAUCCACACUGGAGCCCAGAGAGCAGGGAGAUGAUCGAGUCUCUGGGAAAACUGGCUUUUGAUCAGCUGCAGAAAGGAAACCUGAUCUUCUAUGAAUCAGACCUGACAGAGUGUGGCAUCGAUAUCAGAGCAGCCUCAGUGUACUCAGGAGUGUUCACACAGAUUUUUAAAGAGGAGAGAGGACUGUACCAGGACAAGGUGUUCUGCUUCAUCCAUCUGAGUGUUCAGGAGUUUCUAUCUGCUCUUCAUGUCCAUCUGACCUUCAUCAACUCUGGACUCAAUCUGCUGGAAGAACAACAAACAACCUCAAAUGAGUCUGAAACAGAAGCAUCUGCAGAGGAACACUUCUACCAUAGUGCUGUGGACAAGGCAUUACAGAGUCCAAAUGGACACCUGGACUUGUUCCUCCGCUUCCUCCUGGGUCUUUCACUGCAGACCAAUCAGACUCUCCUACAAGGCCUUCUGACACAGGAAAAAAGUAGCUCACAGACCAAUCAGAAAACAGUCCAGUACAUCAAGCACAAGCUCAGUGAGAAUCUGUCUGCAGAGAAAAGCAUCAAUCUUUUCCACUGUCUGAAUGAACUGAAUGAUCGUUCUCUAGUGGAGGAGAUCCAACAGUUCCUGAGAUCAGGAAGUCUCUCCACAGAUAAACUGUCUCCUUCUCAGUGGUCAGCUCUGGUCUUCAUCUUACUGUCAUCAGAAAAAGAUCUGGAUGUGUUUGACCUGCAGAAAUACUCUGCUUCAGAGGAGGCUCUUCUCAGGCUGCUGCCAGUGGUCAAAGCCUCCAACAAAGCUCUACUGAAUGGCAGCAACCUCUCACAGAGAAGCUGUGAAGCUCUGUACUCAGUUCUCAGCUCCUCGUCUUCUAGACUGGGAGAACUGGACCUGAGUAACAAUGACCUGCAAGACUCUGGAGUGAAGCUUCUGUCCAAUGGAUUGAAGAGUUCAAACUGUACACUGGAAACUCUCAGUCUGUCAGGCUGUCUGAUCACAGAGGAAGGCUGUACUUCUCUGGCCUCAGCUCUGAGCUCCAACCCCUCCCAUCUGAGAGAGCUGGACCUGAGCUACAAUCAUCCAGGAGACUCAGGAAUGAAGCUGCUGUCGGCUGGACUGAAGGAUCCAGGCUGGAGACUGGACACUCUCAGGUAUGACCACAGUGGCCUCACAAGCAUAACCACUGGUCUCGUUUUUUAUGUGAAUUCCUGUCAACUCACAAUCGACACAAACACAGUGAACACAAAGCUCCAACUGUCUGACAACAACAGGAAGGUGACACGUGUGGAGGAGGUUCAGUCAUAUCCUGAUCAUCCAGACAGAUUUGAUGUUCAUCCUCAGCUGCUGUGUAGAAAUGGUCUGACUGGUCGCUGUUACUGGGAGGUCGAGUGGAGAGGAAACGUUUAUAUAUCAGUGAGUUACAGAAGAAUCAAAAGGAAAGGAGACCGUGAUGGCUGUGUGUUUGGAUGGAAUGAUGAGUCCUGGAGUCUGAGGUGCUAUGAUGAUGGUCCUCAUUCUGUCUGGCACAAUAGUACAAAAGGAUCCAUCUCCUCCUCCUCCUCCUCCUCCUCCUCCACUGUCUCUAACAGAGUAGCAGUGUAUGUGGACUGUCCUGCUGGCACUCUGUCCUUCUACAGAGUCUCCUCUGACACUCUGAUCCACCUCCACACCUUCAACACCACAUUCACUGAAACCCUUUAUCCUGGGUUUAGACUCUCUCCUGGUUCCUCAGUGUCCCUGUGCUGA